CUAGCAACACAGCAGCUUUGUCCGGGCACAAGGCACAACCACCGCCCUUGCUGGCUCUUUGAUGUUUGGAGAGUUCCCUGUUCCUUCCUCUCCCCCACCUGUGGUUUUUUUUUUAACCUGCCCAAAGCGGGCGCUGCCCCGCUGCAGUCUCCUCCCCGAAUGUCCCAGGAACUGCCUUGCCCAGAUGCCACAGCCCCUCUCCCGAAGAAGGAAGGGGGCGAACUGCAGAGAACUUCCGAUUACUACAGGGUUGAGCCGAACUUGCCUACCAGGUUCAACUACCCCGGAUGGUUCCGCGGUUACAGAGUGAAGGAGCCCAACCCGCUGUUCAGAACCACCAGCAUGGAUUAUGGCAGGAAACCCCCCACCGUGCACGAAAUGCCGACCUGCUUCCACGCCUCCCCGCAUGCCUUCACAGACCACCUUGUAAAGUUUGGUGUGCCCAGGAACAGCGGUAUCAACACUGUCACGGAGAAAAGCAACGUGACAGGCCUGGACAACCUGAUCACUCCCUUUGACACGUUAAAUUUCCACCCCAGUUACAGGACCGGUGGGCCGUCUUUUUGCGAGUAGCAGGCUCAGAAGGCCAGGCGCUGCUCCCUUCCGCUUCCUACUUCCUGUCCUUUCUCCUGAGCAACACCACCAAGAAACGAUUCCAAAAAUCUCCUAGUUCAAAACUCCUGAAGAAAUACUUCCCUUCUGCGGCCCUGGGUGCAAUGAACGCUUUACGCUGACUUUACUCUGCCGUUCCUGGGAAGCUUACAGGCUCCCGCAGGUGGAGCCGAGUGGCUUGGGCAAAGAGCUUGCAGAAAAAGUCACUGUUGUCGAAGGCUACCCUGUGACAAUAGCGCUGACUGCCAUUAAAACAUUGGGAAUCGGCAAAAGUGUGCAUGUACUGUCUGGCUUGACACUUAGGGGAAGACCUGUGGCUCUGUGGGUAGAGCACCUACUUGCGCGCAGAAGGUCCCCGGUUCAAUCCCCAAUGGCACGUCCAGGGAGGGCUGGGAGAGAUUCCCUGACUGAAACCCUGGAGAGCUGCUGCCAGUCAGCGUUGACAGCACUGAGCUAGAUGGCCCAACUCGGUAGAAAGCUGCUUCCUAUGUUCUUGUUUAAAUCAGAACUAUGAGGACUAGAAUCUUACUAGUUGAGGCUGGCCCAUUAGGGCUACUGGGGCACCUCGUCGACCCUGAGCCAGCCCCCACCUGCCUGCCAGCUCCCUCCUUAGACUCCAGGCCGCCCCUUGCAAAACUCAGCAGGAAGGAUCGAAACAAAACUAGCAAUGGCUUUGCCGGCCAUUGGCUCCCUGCCUUUCCCCCGCCUGCCUCAAUGGCCACCAGCCUCCACGGGAUCUUACCCACUGCAUGCUUUUGGCACCUGGCUCUGGUUGGGGUUCAGGUAAAACAAAACAACUGCCCCAAACAGCUUGCCCGCUGUUUGGGAACGGUCUGACAUGGUGCAGACACCACUUCCUCUAUCUUUUGCUGACUGAGACAGGUUCGGACCCAGAGUCAGGGUAACAUGGCAGGAACAAAUAGGCCCAAGAAACAGGAUUCCAGCAAUGAGACAAGGAAGGUAGAUGCUCCGCGUGAAAGAAGAGGAGCAGAAAGAAGAGCACGCCAGCCCCCCCCCCCCAUGUUGCUGGAUUCCAGCUCUCAUUUGACGCUGGCCGUGCUGGCUGCAGGGGCUGAUGGGAGGAGGAGUCCAACAACAUCUGCAGGGCAGCAGGUUGGGGCAGGCUGGUUGAGACUGAAGGCCUGCAAGGGCUGCCAGCUGUUGCUAAAGGUGCAACGGCGGUCCAGGAUAGUUUGGUUUUUGGUUUUGGUUUUUUUCCCCUGCCCAGUAAGGCCUCUGCAGGAAUAAUGCCAUCCAGAAAAUAAACAUUAUUUUCUGCAAGGUGUGUGUGCCACUGACAGAGCUGUGCCUCUCACUAACUGUCCCCUGCCCCCACCUUUCUCAGCCUGAGAGAGAGACAGAGAGUAAGCUCUUCCUGGGCCAACACUCUCCGCACCUGAGAAGCCAACAGAAUGAGAAAGGAGAGGGCGUAGUCAGUCAAAAUGUGUGGCAGGGGCCGUUUGCCUCCUUGGAGUGUUGGGGUGUGUGUGGGGGGGAUGAGAAGCAGAGGGAACUUGCUGGGCAGCGGAAGGCCUUCAGCAGAAAUCAAUACAGUGAAACCAAAGAAAUGCAAAAGGCGUCCCACAACGCAACAAGAGUCCGUUGCGAAUGCUGAGCAUGUUUACGAUUCUACAGCGUAUGAAUCAAGGUGAUUUUGCCGAAGUAGCCACUCUACGAGGAGAGUCCCCUCGCUGUGGCUGCCGGCCUGGAGAAACACUAACUGCGCAAUCCAAACCCGAGGAUCUGCCGGGAAGAGCACGUUUGGAAUAGGUGGAUCUUGGACUGUCCCAGGUGAGCGGGGUCUAUGCAGGGGCUUAACACCGGUGUUAAAUCCUCAAGAAGAGGUGUGGCAUGGCAGGAUGGAGGAAGGAGAGAUUUACACUUAUUCCAAACCGCUUUCAGCUCAGUCGUGUGGCCUGGCAACCCAGUGCAAAUAUAUGCCAGCAAAAGGGUGGUGCAAGUCAGACUCUGUUUUAAAGGCUUGUUGUUCUCCUCUGCCUGGCUCCUGAAUGGAGUUUGGAAUGGGUGUAACUUUUGCGG